AUGAAUUCAGUAUAUUUUGGGAGUAUCAGGGGCAACGAGGAGGAGGAGGAGGAGGAGGAGGGAGCAACGAGCAAUGAGGAGGAGGAGGAGGAGGGAGUAACAGGGGCAACAAGGAGAGGAGGUGAAGGAGGAGGGAGUAACAGGGGCAACGAGGAGGAGGAGGAGGAGAGAGUGAGUAACAGGGGCAACGAAGAGGAGGAGGAGGAGGAGGAGGAGGAGGAGGAGGAGGAGGAGAGAGGGCGAGGAGGAGGAGGAGCAGGAGGAGGAGGAGGGAGUAACAGGGGCGACGAGGAGGAGGAGGAGGAGGAGGGAGUAACGGGCAACGAGGAGGAGGAGGAGGAGGAGGAGGGAGCAACGAGCAAUGAGGAGGAGGAGGAGGAGGGAGUAACAGGGGCAACAAGGAGAGGAGGUGAAGGAGGAGGGAGUAACAGGGGCAACGAGGAGGAGGAGGAGGAGAGAGUGAGUAACAGGGGCAACGAAGAGGAGGAGGAGGAGGAGGAGGAGGAGGAGGAGGAGGAGAGAGUAACAGGGGCGAGGAGGAGGAGGAGGAGAGAGUAA